AUGACCAUCACGACAACGGCGCCAUCGCCAUCAUCCGCCGAACAAUGGAGACUCUUCCUCGACCAAUGUCUAAAGCAUCGCAUAGAUGCGAAUGAGUUUAAGAAUCUAUCAAAUAUACUGGCUGCAAGGUGCUCGGUUUCAGAGUCUGUUCUGGUGGAUGUCCUCUGUGAUGUGCGCGCGGUGGGCGCCGCCGCGGGUGUCAAGUGGGAUCCCUUGGUCCCGGUUUAUAUAGACUGUCUGUGUAAGACGGAGCGAGUGAAGAUUCCAUCUGUACUGGCAGGAUUGUUGAAGCGGUCAUAUAUUCUACCGCAGUCGCAGAUUCAAUCAUCGGAUGAAAGCGAAAAAUCGAAACAACAGAAAAAAAAUGGCUACACGCUCAUGACGGAUAUCAGAGUCAUCCAGGAUGUCAUGUUGGCUGUUUCGACAGGGAAUAGCACGCCCCGAACCGCUGCUGAAGCGAUGGAAAUCUUUUCUGCUGCUGUGGAUUGGAUCCAGGCCGUUGUGGCGUGGCAUCAGCAGCAUCAGCAGACGGGGGGUUUGAUGGGGUCCCCGGAUGUGGUGUCGUUGUUUGAGUCGUUGGGAAUUCUGCUGGCGGCGCUAUCAGGGACGACUAAGGGGGUUGAUGUGCUUUCGUCUGAUAAUGAGGGAUUGAAAAUCAAACUCGGACAGGCCCUUUCGGCCUAUUUACCCCUCUGCGUCGAGGUGUCUCUUCCCCUCCGGAAUCGACUGGACAGCUUACAGAAAGAGUUCAAUCUUUACGGCGAGCCGGCGUCCAAGUCGUUGGAUAUGACCAUGAUGGACGGGAUGAAUGUUAACGCGCUUCAAUUCGAGGCCUCGGUUAUGGACGGGCCUGUGAUCAAUUCGAGAGCUGGUCUCUACGUUUAUAUAAAUUCUAUGCUUGUCGGGCGGCCAUUGAUUGAUGAUAAUAUGCUGCUUAGCUAUCUUGUUAAUCGCUAUGGGGGUCAUUAUAAAGCUCUCAUCGAGGAAGUUAUCACGGCCUCAUUUGAUGUGUUGUCAAACGCCAUGUAUCGAAACGAGUCCAACCGCACCAUGUUUAUAUUCCGUUCGUUCCUGGUGAAUAAAUUGCCCGCCUUCUUUGCAACCAUGCUGGCCGCGUCAAUGGUCUCCAUCCCCAUGGAAAUCUGCAUCAGCAACGCCCUUGGUCGCCUCGAUCCGAAUACCUUUCCGUCAUUCUCGCAAAUGUUCUCCAUGCAGGGAAAUACGGUCCUGUCGGACGUGAGGCAGGAGUUUCUGUUCGCCUGCGCGUCUCAUCAACUUAUCCCUGAGUCUAGCAUUGAGCGGUUGCUAGGAGAGAAUCCGAUGCAAGCGGUUCCGGUCGGUCAUGUCAAGGAUGACCUUGUAUCGCAGAUUUAUGCGAACCCGGAACGGGCAGAACAGUUGACUAAUGAUAUUGAGUCGACGGAGGGGAAUGCGAAUGCUAUUGUGGGUGCGGUUACAGAAGUUAUACAUCAACUCUGCAAUCAAAAAGAAAGCAUGACACUGAAAAACAUUUGCAACUCCCUCUCGCGACGACCCCAAGCACUGGAUGUAAUUCUGCUUUUCCGCAGCACGAAACAAAUCCUUCAACCACUUUGCACACUACUUGAUAACUGGCACUGGGACAGCGACCAAGGCGAGAAUCAGCCCGUCUACGAUGAAUUCGGAAGUAUCCUACUCUUAAUUUUGAAUUUCAAGUAUCGCUACGAUCUGAAGCCGUACGAGCUGGGUAUCAGCAGUGACGACUCGUUCGUGCUCAAAUUACUGGACCGGGGUUCAUGCAGCCAGAAACUGGAGGAUUUGACGGAGAAGCAGAAUAAGGAUCUUGGGGCGUGGAUUGGGGCGUUGUUCAUCGCUGAGGGAAUUAGCGAGGAGACCAUGUCGAAUUGCAGUCCACAGGAGUUUUAUCUCCUUGUGACUACGCUGUUCAGUCAGAGUCUCGGGGCGUGUGAAGCGGGGAAGUUGGAGUUUGAAACCCUGAAAGGAGGGUUCGAAUACCUCCUCGAACCAUUCUUACUCCCGUCACUCGUGGUCGCGCUGGGAUGGCUAGGAAACCGAAUCUGGGAAUCAGAAAGCGAGCCAACCAUCGCGCUGAAAACGCUUCAUUCCCUUGUCAGUCCGACCUCGAUCUCCGGCGAAGCGCAAGCCAUCCACCAAACAGUCCUGAGCAUGACGGCACGAACCCUCGAAGAACAACUCAAAGACGUCCGCGCGCGACACCCCUCACGAACAGAUAUCAAGCCCAUCCUCGACGCCCUUGAACCGCACCUCUCCUUCCAGAGGACAGGGGGCUGUCACCGCACCGAGUUGGAGAGCUGGAGCCAUUCCGGAAACGGUGGCGCGGGAGGUCUUCUGGGUAGUGUUCGCAAUACAUUCCAGUCGCUGGUUCUUUGGAGCACGAACCCGGAGAUCAGCAUGGCGCCGCCGUCGUACACGCAUCGGCAGGUUGUGGUGGGGGUGAGGAUGCUGGGCGCGUCGCGGGUCUUGCGGGCGCUAGAGGAGGAAUUGAAACUGCAAACUGAAGCAGGGAGCGGGGAUCUGGCGUUGGAUGUCGCUGCGAUGAUAGUGAGCGCGCCAAUGAUGGAGUCAUUCACAGCAGACCAGAUGCACUACCACCCGCCCGAGAACAAGGACCAAUCACAGCAAACCAAACAACAACAAGCAGCGGCCAAUCUGCGCAGCCCAGUCCUAACCCUCCGCGACGCCCUCAGCAUCCGUCACCAAGACGUGCCAAGGGUCUCGGAGAAGGACCCGCUACGAGCGGAGAUGAUCGUUCGGCUAUACCGACGCGUGAACGCCGUGACGGCACCAACGGCGCAGGUACCGAGCUUAGACGUCAGCAACAUCCUCGGCAACAUGCCCGUGGCCGACCAAUCAUCACAGCCCCAGGCGCAACCACAGUCACAAACUCAACAGCAGUCACAGCAACAGCAGCAACAAUCGCAGCAAGCACAGUCGCAAGAACAGCAACAGCAAAAUCAAAUGGACCUCGAUGCGGAUGCGGAAGAUGGCGAUUUCAGCCAUAUGCUGGAUACGGCGGCUGCGGCGACUGGAGAUGGCGGGGGAGGCAUGGAUGGGAUGGACAUGGGGACAGGGCUGGAUACGAGUAUUGAUGAUGUGUUGAAUGCGGCGGAUAUAGCGGCGGUUGGGAAUCCGGAGUUUUUGGAUCUGGAUAUGGAGGGAAUGUUCUAG